AUGAAAGAGAACAGCACGAUGCACAACAUUGACCCGUACGAAUGGCAGCUUGAUCAGGCACUACUCGCAAACGCUUCGCAGGCCGCACCUGCGGGGGCAGGCGCCUGGUCCGAUCGCGCUAUGCUCGAGCGCAGCACGAGCGCGGAGCCGCUGCCAAAGCUCGCCCCACUAGCAGCGCCUGCCAGCGAUGGCAGCAAGCGUGCACUCGAGUAUGAUGGUCGCCAAGAGGCGCCGAGCGUAACGCCCGGCAAGCGCACGCGGCGCGGAAGCCAGGGGGACACCUGA